GGCGGUACCGCGUGGCAGGUAAGGCGCGGUGCGGGAGGGGGCUCGUGGCCGCGGGCGGUUCCCUUUCGCUUCUUUGUCCUCCACCUCGCCGCCCCGUUCCCGAGGUUCUAGAGGGGCUCAGCGCGCCCCUCCCGGUGGGGAGGCUGUCGGUGGGCCGCACCGCCCCGGGCCCUGUGCCGGGCCGUGCCGGGGCCGGGCUCCGUGAGUCGGGCUCCGCGGGCCGGGCCGUGCGCCGCGGGCGGGCCUGGUGGGUGGGCGUGAGGCCAAGGCUCGCUGCGAGGGCGGGAGCGAACGCCGCCCCGCGCCGAUCGCCGGGACCUCGUUUCUCCCCGCGGUGCGGCCGCCUGUCUGUAGCUUUCUCGGGCUGGAGCCGAAGGUUCGGGCCCUGAGGGGGAUCGCCGCUUCUUCGCCGCCGUGGGCUGUAGCCUGGAGGCGCGAAGUGGACUUGCCCGCUGUGGGGCCGGGGGUUGGCUGUGGAUCCCGUGUGCUGGGAGUGCCUCGUCGGUAUCCCUCCGGCCUGGGCCGGUGCCGUUUGGCCGAGCUGCUGGCGUGGCGAGUGGGUUAUCUGUGCCUUCCUCCAGCAGUGCUGUGUGCUGGUGGUCCUAAUGGCGGUGCUGUGCCCCUCACGGCUGUGUCUUUCAGACCUAUGCUUUUCAGAUGUCCUUAGGUCUGAUAAGAUUGAACAUAUCAACAACUCACAUCUUCUUUUUCAUUGAAAUGUGUUUUGCAUUGUUACACAUACUGGUCUGUCAUGUGUCUGGUAGACCAGGAUGUAGAAAAUCUGUGAUCUUGAAGACAGAGAAACACAUUUUGUUUUACACUGGGCCCAACGGUGAGAGCAUAGGGAGUUCAGGACAUGUGGGUGCAGUGUGCAGGCUGGGUCCUUUGUGCACAUUCAGUGAGUUCCUGAACUCCACCUGUCCCUGCAGUGGGUCUCUGACAGUCUUCCUCGAGAAAACUGUUGUCAGUAUUUCCAUCUUACAGAUGAUGAAAUUUAGGCACAAAGGAGAACAGUUUGCCAAAUGGACUGGCAGUGGAGAGCAAGUAAAUUCCAGUCUCAUAGUUUUUGCCCUUGUUUCAGGCUGACUAGGUGGUUGCCAGCUGCUUGCUAUUUGUUGCUUGUUAGGUAUCUCCAAGAGAGAAACCUGGUAGAAUCCUAUAGUUACAGUUUUGUUACUGGUGUUCUGUGCUGUUAUUCAGAAGGGGAAAGAAAUAGAGGUCUACAAACUGAACAGUUCAGACACUUUAGAAAGUUAAGAAUGUCUAUCCUCUUCAUGCAACAUAAAUUUAGUUGUACUUCUCAUCCUCAGUGCUGUUAAUUUCAAAGGAGUUAUGAUUCAUAAAAGGUAUCAUAUGCUGAAAACAAACUUUAUUUGUUGGUGUAUUGUAGUAAGAAAGUGAGAAAGAGACGAUGCAGCAGGGCAUAAGCAAUCCAGGAGGUUCCUGGAGUAUGCCGAUAACUUCCCUAUAAGAAGUGAUCUUGUGGACCUCAUACUCACCAGUGAUUAGAAGUUUCUUGGGAAUGCAAAGGUCAAAAGCAGCCUUGGCUGCAGUGACCACGAGAUGGUAGAAUUGAGGAUCGUUGGGUCAGGGAGGAGUGUGAAAAGUAAUCUCCCAACUUGUACUAUAAGAGAGUAGACUUCAGCCUCAUCAAAGAUCUGCUUGGAAGAAUAAGAAUUGCCAGGGGUAAGGCCGUGGGGGGAAGAGGAAGCCAAGAAAGCUAGUUUAUAUUGAAGGAUCAUCUUCUCCAAGCUUGAGAGCAGCAUAUUCCCAUAAAGAGGAAGUCGAGUGAAAGUGCUGGGAGGCCUGCAUGGGUGAACAAGGAGCUCCUGGCCAAACUCAAACACAGGAUAGAAUCGUGCAGAGGAGUGGAGGCAAGGAUGAGGAGCCUGAGAGGAAUACAAAAGUUGUUCAAGCAUUGGAGGAUUAAGUUCAGAAAGCUGUCUCAAAUGGAUUUAAAUCUAGCCGAGGGUUAUCACACAUGUCAGUAAAGGCUUCUGUGAGUGCAUUUUCAAUUAAAGGAAGACUGGGAACUAAAGUGUGGGCUGUUGUGGACCUUCACUAAGACCUUUGACAUUGACCACCAUAAGAACCUCAUAGACGAGCUGUUAGUGUACAUGUGGACAGUGAAGUGGGUCCAGAGAAUGAUGAUUGGUGGUAGAAGGUGGAGUGGCAAUGACUAGUUGUAUACACCAUUUACCACACUGUUUCUAUUCCUGUUUUAUAUGUUAAUGAUCUGGAUGAUGAGCCAGAGUGUAGGUUCAGUGUAUUUGUAGAUGGCCCUGAACUGGGAGAUAGUGUCAUCCAGAGGGACAUUAGUAGGCUGGAAAGGUGAGCUAAGAGGAAACCCUUGCAUUGCAGUUCAACAAGAAAUGCUGAGUCUGUACAUGGAAGAGAACAAGCCCAGGUAACAGUACCAGCUGGGAGGGUUACCACACUGGAAAGCAGCCUAGCAGAAGAGAACAGAGGGUCCUGGUGUACACCAGCUUGAACAUGAACCAACAGAUUGUCAGUGUCACACAACUAGUACCCAGGGCUGCAUUAGGCAAAGUGCUGCCAGCAGUCAAGAAAGGUGAUUUUUUUUUUUUUUUACUGCUCAGCAGUGGUGAGGCUCCCUCUGGAGUACUGGUCUGGGCUCUGCAGUACAAGAGAGACAAGGAUAUUCUAGAAAGAGUUCAGUAAAGGGCAAUGAAGGUGAUGAAGGACCUACAGCAUCUUGUAUGAGAUUAGUCUGAGAGAGGGCUGGGAUUGCUCAGCCUGGCGAAGAGAAGGCUUGAAGGAUCUUAUCAAUGUAUCCUCCGUGUAUUUGUAGAUAAAGUGGAUGGAACCACUCUUUUCAGUGCAGGACAGGAGGCAAUAGGUACUAACUGGAACUGUGCUGUGCAGCUGGUGGAGUGCUGGCAUAGGUUGCCUGGAGAGGUUGUGGAAUCUCCUCUUUGAGAAUCUCCGAAAGCUGCACACGCAUGAGCCUGGGCACAGUGCUCUGGGUGGUCCUUCUUGAGCAGAGGGCAUUGGACCAGUUGGACCCAGAGAUCCCUUCCAAACUAAACAAUUCCAAUCGAGGUUAUUCUAUAGCAGAGUACAGAUACCUUCAGUAUGAAGGUGAAUUUCAGAGUAUGCUAUGUGUGUAAGGUUAUAGAAUCAUGGAAUGGCUUUGGUUGGAAGGGGCCUUUAAGCUCACUCUGUUCCAGCUUCCUACUAUGGGUUGCCACCCACUAGAUGGGGCUGCCUAGGGCCUCAUCCAGCCUGGUCUUGAACACCUGCAGGGAUGGGUCACAGCUUCUUUGGGCAGACUGUUGUAGCACCUCACCACCCUCUGAGUAAAGAAUUUCUUCCUAAUGUUUAAUCUAAAUUUCCUGUUUUAGUUAUUUAAGAUUUCCAACUGAUUCUCUUUUAAAAUGUUUGAGUCUCAUAAGUAUGGCCAAGAAGGAUAUAAGCUUGGAGGAAGGAAGGAACCUUGCAGAUAAAAUACUCUUAAUUAGAAAGCAGUUACAGUUUGAGUAAUCAAAAGUACUUGAGGAUAGGUGCAGCUUUUGGAUUGGUUUUAAGGCUACUACUCAAGCAGUAGCUCUGAUUUGCAGUGCAACUUCUGCAUACAGCUUCCUAGCUCUGCUUACCAGAGGCACGUGGAUUCUGGGUGAGAGAUUACUGCUUAAAAGUGUAAACUUGACUCUUUUUUUUUUUCUAGAAGUUCCUCAUAAACAGAAAUCUGUUUGCCAGCAGCCUUUGAGCUUCUGUGAUUGACCUGGUGUUUAGUCUUAUUAGACCUAACACCUUUCUGUGAUAUCAUGGUGUUACCUAUGCUGUCUGAUUUGUAAGUGGAAUUCUCUGGCAACAUGAUGUCACUUUGUUGUAGUUUCUUUAACUGAGAUUGUCAUUUGUAUGUCAUUUGAAUGGUAGUUGUCAUGUUAUUCAUUUGAGGAUUGUUUUCAUAACUUAGGAAAUAAGGUUAAAAUAACACAUUUUUCUUUGUUUCUUAGAAUAAGUAGAGCCACCCCUCUUGCAUGAAUCUCUAAUAUUUCUUCAAAAAGUAUUUUAAAACUGUGAUAACCAAAUGCUGUUGCUACUCCAUGCAUUUGGUGCUUGACUUCAGGCAAGUUUCUGGGUUUCCAUAGACCAGUGCUUGAGCAGUUGGUUUACAGUCUCAGGUGCCAAUGCUGCUUAGUGUUUUGGUAUCAAAAUAGUAGCAGAAUGUGAAAAGUAAUAGAAGUCCUGUAUGAUUUUGAAAUUAAAUUAAGUGAUUUCAUGACAUAUGUAUUCCACGUAUCUUUAUUUACUGAAGUAAUCUCAACAUUUUAAAUGUUUUUUUCCUCUUAAAAAAAUAACAGUACGUGAGUUAGAGACUGUCACCACAAGUAGUUCUAAACUGAUCAUAUUGGUUUUUUUAUUUUUACUAUGGUGUAUUUUCCAAUAUCUGUUUCUUCCUCUGCUUCCCUUUCUUCUUUACUUAGCUUUGUACCUAUCUAAGCUUGGCUAGGAAAAACUGUUUUAGUGGUCUGUAACAAGUACAUAGUACAGAUAAAUUGCUGAUGUAGCUUUUUUUUUCCCUAAAGAGGCAGCUGCUGAACUGUCUGUCUUUGCCAGCGUUAGUUCAGUGUCAGGUUGAACUUUCACAUUCGAUUCCAAACAAAAAGCACCCAUUUGUAAAACAAGAUUUCUGGCUGUGCUGUCUAAUUGCUGAGUCUGAGUUUUCUUCCAUACAGACCUGCUGCCUAGUCUGACUUACAAAGCUGCUAGCAGUGAACAAUAAGUAUUUAGUAAUAUUUCUCUUUGAAUGACACCAUCUUCUCUGUACCAGCAAACCUUUACAUGCUUGGAUGAGAAAGCAAACAUUUCUCUAGAAAUCUCUUCCAUACUGAAAAGUGUGGCUGUUUGUUUUGCUAGGUAUUAGCCCCAUAAUUUUUUUUCUACAGCUUUUUUUCUAGGUAAGAUUAAUGGAAGUGUUUAGUGUAACUUGGAUGCUUUCCUCUGUAAUUAAAUUUCCCUUAAGAAUCAAUCUUAUAAAAAGAGAAAUUAAGGUUUUAAAAAUAGCACACAUUAGAGGGUAUUGCAGUAGCCUAUUUGUGGACUCAGGUGUCUGUAGCUUAAAUCUUGUAACAGGAUUGAUCAGCUGGGGAAAAAUGUCAGAUAUAUCUGCUUUUAGGCUGUUCUGAUGUAUGCUGAGCUCUCUGUGAUCUCUUUUUUUUUCUUGAAGAUACAGUCCACAUCUGCUUCCUUCCUUGUAGUGUAGGCAAGUGGAAUUUCCAAUUAAAUGUUCCUUUGCAGGUGAUGGAGCAUGAGGCUGAGUUCCCUGCCUUUCAAAAGCUGAGUGCAGUGAAAUGAUAUGAGCUGUGGAGAGGUGUUUGUUUUGGUGGGGUUUUUUGCUCCCUUGAAAUGGAUACUAAGCUCUCUAAAGUGCAGAGAAGUAGGGAAUUGGACCUUGGAUUUCUCAUCUGUAGAUCAGAUUAUGCACAGGACAAGAAUUCUGUCCAACAUGUUUUCUGGGUGGAGCUGGGCAGUCCACUGCUUGUAUCUGUUUUUGAAUAUUUGUUCCUUUGAAGUUUCAGGUGGACUUGUACAAUCAUGUGGUCACAUCAUUCCAGAGUCUCCAGUAUUGGCCCUGGGUUCCAAUUUCACAGCAUUGUGCAUUUUGAAUGAGAGUUGCCUUGACUUUGGCAAUAUAUAUGCUAGUCAGAUUAUAUGGAAAAUGAAAAAUAAAGUGAUACCUAAAGAACAAUACCGUGAAAUAAACAGAACUGUUUCUAGUGUCACAUUUAAUGACACUUCUUCACUGGCUUCUCCUCUGACAUGCAACGUUUUAGCAGAUGGACAGAUUGAGCAGAAUAUUUAUGGAAUUUCAGUUACAGUAGGCUUGCCCCCAGAGAAGCCCAAAAACUUAAGUUGCAUUGUGUAUCUAUCACCAAAAGUCGAAUGGUAUAUGAACUGUACCUGGAACCCUGGAAGGCAUACAUUCUUGGACACUCGUUUUAGAUUGAAAUACAUGUGGCCACGGGAAACCUUUCCUGACUGCAUACCGGAAUAUGUGAAUAAUUCUUGUACCAUUUCUGAUGUUCAGUUCUUUGUUAACCUGGAGGUGUGGGUAGAAGCAGCAAACGCUCUUGGGAAGGCUGAAUCUGAUCAUCUUGUUUUUGAUCCCAUUGAGAUUGUCAAACCACCACCUCCACGUAACCUAUCAGUUAACUCAGGAAUACUGCCUACUGUUCUGAAGCUUUCCUGGGAGAACCAGAUUUCAACAGUUGUGAUGGAACUGAAAUUCAAUAUUCGCUACAGGAUCAGUAGUGAUACAAACUGGAUGGAGGUUCCUCCUGAGGAUACAGCUUCACCAAGAACUUCAUUCAGUAUUCAAGGCCUCAGACCGUACACAGAGUAUGUCUUUUCAAUUCGAUGCAUGAAGGAAGAUGGAGUAGGCUUUUGGAGUGACUGGAGUGAGGAACAAAUUGGGGUCACAACUGAAGAUAAACCAUCUAAAGGACCAACCAUAUGGAGGACCAUUGAUGUAUCUCCCUCACCAGCUUUUUGGAUUGUACGACUAAUGUGGAAGGCACUAGAGCCAUUUGAAGCCAAUGGAGUAAUCUUGCAGUAUGAAGUGACCAUCAGAGCUAAACCACCCCUCUCCCAUCCACCAUCGAGGUACAACGUUACUACCACCAGCCUUACAUUAAAGCUGCCAAAUGGAACUUACGAAGUCACUGUGGUUGCCCAUAACAGAGUUGGGGCAUCCCCUCCAUCAGUUCUACUUAUUCCAUCAAGUAAUUCAAAAGCUCCUGUGAAGAAUAUUAGAACACUACCUAAAGAUGGCAAACUGUGGGUAGGAUGGACUGCUCCUAAUAAUGUUCUUAAAUACGUGAUUGAAUGGUGUCUGAUGUCCAACAGCUCAGACUGCAUCACAGAGUGGCAGACAGAACCAGGAAACAUUCAAGGAACAUACUUAAAAGGUGACAUUAAACCAUUCAAGUGUUACUUGAUAACUGUGUACCCUCUGUUUGCUGAUGGCCAGGGAAGUGGACAGUCUGUGAAGGCUUAUCUUCAGCAGGGUCGUCCUUCAAAAGGACCAACUGUUCAGACAAAAAAAGUAGGAAAAGCUGAAGCUGUUUUGACAUGGAACCAUCUCACAGUAGAUGAGCAAAAUGGAUUCAUCAGAAGUUACACAAUAUUGUACAAAACUGUCGAUGGAAAUGAAACAGCUGUGUCUGUGGAUCCAUCCAAGACAGAGUACACCCUCUCUUCUCUAACCAGUGACACUCUGUAUACUGUGCGGAUGAUGGCAUACACAGAUGCAGGAGGCAGGAGUGGUCCUGAUUUCACUUUCACUACGCAGAAAUUUGGGAGAGGAGAAAUUGAAGCCAUAGUUGUACCUGUGUGUCUAGCGUUCCUGUUGAUUGUACUCCUUGGAGUUUUGUUUUGCUUCAACAAACGUGACUUAAUUAAAAAGCAUAUCUGGCCUAACGUCCCUGAUCCAUCCAAGAGUAACAUUGCUCAGUGGUCCCCUCAAGUUCCAGCAAAGCACGACUUUAGUUCUAAAGAUCAGAUGUACCCAGAAGGCAGUUUUACAGAUGUGAGCGUCGUAGAAAUAGAAGCUGAUGACAAGAAAUCUUUUUCAGAACAAGAUCUAAAACCUUUUGAUUUGCUCAAAAAGGAAAAAAGUACUUCAGAAGGGCACAGCAGUGGUAUUGGAGGAUCCUCAUGCAUGUCUUCUCCUAGGCAAAGUGUCUCUGAUAGUGACGAAGGUGAAACUACGCAAAACACCUCAAGCACUGUGCAGUAUUCAACUGUAGUACUUAAUGGCUACAGAGAUCAAACACCUGUACAAGUCUUUUCAAGGUCUGAAUCUACUCAGCCUCUGCUGGAUUCAGAAGAGAGAUUAGAGGAUCAUGCUGGAGGGAGUGACAGUACGACACAAAGGCAGCAUUAUUUCAAACAACAUUGUGGUCAGGAUGAAACCAAGACAGAGAGGCCAUUCUUUGAAAGAGCAAAGCAGAUUAUUUCUGCUAAUGAGGAGGAUCUCGCUGGGUUCGCACAACUGCAGAUCUCAGGCCAGAGUUCACAGCCUCUAGGCUUUGAGCUGGAAGAAAAUACCCAGGAAGCUGCUCUGCCAGAUGUUUUACAGACGAGUUCUGAAGGACAAACUGUGAGACCUGAAACAGUGGAGGGAAACAUACCAUCAGUUGAUGAAAUGCCAAAAAGUUACCUCCCGCAGACUGUGAGACAAGGGGGUUAUAUGCCUCAGUGAGAGAAGAGACUGGCUGUAUUAGGCCUUCAUUAGUGCCUGUUCACUUUUUUUUUUCCUGUGUUUCUGAUAAAUUAAGCUAGGUAUUUUUAUCUGAAUGCAGAUAGAAAUAUUGAAAUUAGGUGAAGAAUAAUUUGACAAAGUACAAUAAGGACUAUGUUUCCGUGGAAAAUCUGCAGUCCAGACCUACUGGAGACUUACUUUUAUGCACUACAUGAAAUCACAUUUGUCUGAAAAGCUGAACAAGCCUAUUUGCUACCUUGCUUUUUGUCUUGUCAUAUCAGAUUUACACGUGAUUGAAAAUAGCAAGUUUCAAUUAAUGACAUUGGCCAACAGACCUCCUAGAAGAAAUACUUCAAUUUGUGACGGUUCACAAGCCUAAAAAGCCAGCCUUGGUUUCUUGGAGCAUCUUUGUGCAAAAAUGAGACUGAAGUUCAGUAUUCUAAAGCAUAAAAAUACUGUUUCAUACACUUUUCAAUACCUUGAUUAACCUUCUGAAUUUUGAGUUGGCUCAGUGUCACAGUUUCAGACUUACCAAACUCAGUAUGCAAAUCAUGCAUCCCCAUUUAAAAACUACAUAGAAGUCAUGAUGGUGUGCAGGUAAAAUGCUAUGAUUGCUUGACUCUGAGUGCACUAUAGUCAUUGAUACUCUGUUUAUAUUUAGAUAUGCUUGCACAUGAAGUAUAUUAGAAUUUGGCCUAAAAGUGUGCCUUGCUACUGGAUGCACAGCAGUUCAGUCUUCAUGUUUAAAGGUUAAGUCCAGAUGAAAACACAGAUGAGGAAUUAGUCAAAGAUUUUUGAACCACAGUGGUUUCCUGAUCACACCGCAUCUCUCCGGUCAUGUUAAUUGCCUUUGUAUAGUAUGUGCCCCCUUGGCAGUGUACUGCUUGAGAGGUAAAUAAUGGGCUGAUGGAUUUCACAGUCCUUGUAACUGCCCAGGAGAAGGGGAAUAGGAUCUUUUUCCUGAUUGACUAUGAAGAUUAAUACUGCAGGACUUCCUUGAAACAGAACAUGGCAAAAACCAAAGCAUUCAAGUUGCAAAAAGCAGCUACCCUGAAAUUGACAGUUACUGACAACAUGAAUCUUAUCCAGCAUAAGCCACAGAUAAUAUCUGUGGCUGCUAAAAUUCCUCAUGUCUCAGAUCAGCCCUGUUCAGAUGGUCUGUGUUUUAUUAAAGGUGCAUACAAUUGCAUUAAUAUAGCCCUCUUCCCUAAUGAUGAAAUCUUACAACACUCUUGCAGAUGUUUUUCUUGACUUAGUGUAGUCAGCUUUUCUAACUUGACACUAAUGACCUUCAUUCAAAACACUACAUGCUGUUCUGUGAGAAUAAAAUGAGAGUUUUAAUUCUCCUUCAGCAAAAGGGAGACCUCCAGAACCUUUCAGUGCUGUGAUACGUGCUGCUGUCCUGCAGAGCACUUGCUAAAGGCCUUUGAAGAACUGAUGGAAGUAUGAUGUUCACCUCUUACGCUUCCGUUUCGAAGAAACUCAGUGCUAGAGUGAAUUCAGAAUAUUGCUAUUUGGACUACUCAAAACAGAGUUCUUAAACUUCAAUAGCAUCUUAUUCAAUAUUCUGCAGUUCCUUUCUGCUUACAGUAUUCUUCAUGUAUGGGGACUUUUUUUUUAAGAAAAAUGUGAUGUUGCAGGUUACUGUAACUGUACUUUUCUUCAGAACAGACCACCUUCCUUCCUCCCUGUGCCACCUCAGCACAUCCAGCCUCUGCCUGCAGAGAGCAAGGCGUAGUGAAAGCUGUGCUGUCACGAGGCAGAGGAGGACAUGUCUGGUUUUUCAAAGGCUGAAGGAGCACUCUGUUGUCAGAACACAUUCCUCUUGGAAGAUGACAGCAGUGAGUUUGUGCAGGGGUAGGUGUGUCUUCUUUAAUCAAACUUCAUAGUGGCCAUGGAAACCAUGAGUAAAAGGGAAAGUCAGUGUGCGUGCGUACUCGAACUGUCCUACAGCCACAUGCUGUCUAAUUCAUCCUCUGCCGAUCUCUGAAAUGUUUUGGGCUGUGAUUUUUAUGGCCGCAGUCUGGCUGCUUAGCUUGAACGUUGCUUUAACAAAUGUUGCUUUAAACGUGCUAUCUUUCAUCUGUGAUCCAGCAAUACUAACUUCUGGUAACACAUGUCAUAUCUGAGAGACCACUUCAGCUGUUCCUAAAGUUACUGUUCUCUUUCUGUCACGUGGAGGGAAAGCGUUUUGUUCUCAGAUACUGUUAACCAUGAAUCAUUUCCAGAGUAAGUUAAAUUUUGAAGUGAUUCCCUCUUUGGGGGGGGGUCAGUGCUAACGAGAGCUCUAGUCUGUCACUUCUGGACUCUUCAGUUCUUUUUGUUUAGGGCUCUGUGGUAAUGAACUCAUACAGUUGUACAGGAGAGUAUCCUGGUGUGGGUUCUGUGCGGUGGAUUUACUUUCUGUCUUUCUACUCAUGCAUGCAUCUAGGAAUAAAAUAGUGAAGACGAAGCAGGAGGUGCUUGUGGGUGAACAGCCUACAGAAGCCACAGAAAGCCGAGUAACAGGUUUGCUUACAGCUUCGUAAACCUCUGUGCCAAAGCGCUGUGUUGUGCAGUGUUUGGGUUUAACCGGGUUUUGUACUUAGUAUGCAUCACAGCAACAGAGUUGUAUCUAAGAGUUGCACACAGGUUUUAGAGUGUAUGUAAUGCGUUUUAGCAAGCCACUGAAAUUCUCUGAAUUUGGCCUGGACAUCAUAACUAAAGGAAAAGCUUUUUUUUUUCCAAUAACUAUGGUGCACUUUACAAAAUAAAGGCAUUAUUAAAAUGAAAUUAUACUUUACUAUUGACACUUUAGUUCCCAUCGUGAUUACCCAGGCUGGAAUUUUUCAAGUAGGGAUGGGAUAACAGGUGAGAAAAGCAUUCUGCUUCUCUUCUACAGCACAUAGGGAUGGUGAAUAAGGAAAUGUUUCUCCUGUAUUAUCAUACUUGGAGCUGCUUUCAGGCACAGGCUAACUCCUCCUCUGUUUGCAAGAAAAGUGCUUAUGUUAUUUCUGUAGUGAUGUUCAGUGUGCUGUUAGGACAGGAGGUUGGUGGGGUUGAUGCUGUGGCUGUGUUGUUUUGUUUCCACGGCACUUUGCGUGGGAAUAUCUUCUGUUGCAGUGAAAAGGUCUUGGGGUUGUGUUUCUGCUUACUGUUGUAAGCUAAACUACCUGCUAAGCCUCAAGCUAACAAGGCAAAGGACAGCAGAGCAGAAAUGUUCUUAAGUUAGUUCAGGAUUGUCUGUGAUAGGCAUGUGCUGAUCGGUGUGACAGCAGCCCAGCAAAGUGAUAAUUUAUCCAGAUUUGCAAAAGCUUUGGCCACAUCACUGGGGCACGGGGCCAAGCGUCCCCUCUGCCUGCCCGGCAUUGGGCAGCUUAGGCUUUGACUGUAAAUGGUGAGCACCAGCAGAUGGCUAAAACCUACGUGAGCACACUGAGGGAGUGUGGGAGUCGUGCUGCUUUAACUUAGGUAACAAAUCUAAUUAACGCCAGGUCUUAAAUACCUAAGACCCAUGUCAGUAUAUGCUGCUAUCCUAUUGACUUCACAGUAGGAUCUAGAACUCCAGAGCAACUCAGAACUGGUGGAGUCAGCCCCUCCAGGAUGUGUAUGCAUUCGGUUGUGGUUUAUAUGCAUUAAAAGGGACUAAACAGACCAAUUCGUCUUCUGUGAGAUGGUUGUUGUGAUUGAGACUAAGAGCUACUUAGGUACAUUCCUUGAAGUGCAUUAAAAAGUUCCACUGAUGGCUGGAUCCUAAAGCUUCCCUGCUUCCCUACAAACACUGAUCUCUUGGCUAGGAUGAAUACGUACAGGCAUUUUAUAUUCCUGUAGCUGCUUUUAAUGUUAUUUGGAAGCAGUUUGUAAUAGCAGAAGUAUCGUGUCACCUGUGGUGGAGCAGCCCGUUGGCGACCACCGCCCUCCGUAUUGCAGGGAGCCCGGUGCAGGAGCCUGGAGAAGGGCAGAGUCACGUACCCUGCGGCUGAUUCAUCAACUCCUGCUCCUCUUCCCUAAAAGUGAAAGGAUUAGUUAAGAUGAAGCUAGAACGCGUGUAUCUGCUUCCUCUGUCGUUCCCUUUGUAGCACUUGUGCAAUCUGAGCCAUUCAUAAGACAGAGCAGCGCUGACUCUAUGCGCGAGGAUACACAUCAAGGCCACAGACUUGUUGCAGACUACUCUAAUGACUACGGCCAGAGCGCGGUGGGGCGGGCAACGAAUAACUGAUGGCGUGCAGCGUGGGGCGGGGGUGUGUGCGUGCAGGGGCGGCCUCGGUGGUGGACGCAGGCAGAGACGUCGUGGAUGCGCUGCAGGAGCACACUUUGGUGACAGGCGAGGAACGAGUGCGUGGCGCUGCUGCCCGUGGCCGGCCGCAGUGCGGCUUCCUCCUGCCCUGACCUGCACCGACCGCGCUGCGCCUCUGGAACUGCCAACAGUGGAACCGCUCACAGCGGCCGCUCUUCACAGCAAAGCACAUUCGUUCAUGGAUCCGCUUGGCUCACCGUGGCCUUUUCAACAGACUGGACUCGUUCGGUGUCACGCAGUGGUGGGCGGUCUGCUCCCCACGUGCUGUUUGUGGGGCAGAAUGGGUAAGGGUGUACUUGAGGUUAUGUCACCGUGUACAUCUCGGUAAGCGUAGUCGUAAGACAUGGGGAUAUUUAACAAGGAAAGUGCCUUGAUGCUGAACUGAACACUUAGUGAAUGUAAUGUUAAAUAGAUUUUAUUAUGUACCAUAUGGGGUUACGGCUGCCUGAGCUACUGCUGAUGUGUAACCUCUGCCAGCUUUAAGCGCAUGCUGCGGCAGCCGGCUGAGCUGUGUGCGCUGCGUGCGCUGUCUGUACCGACGUGUUCUCACAGCGCUACGCGACCUUACUUCUUCUGCACGCUGCAUGUUUAUUGUCAUAGAGACUCUGCUUUCUACAAUUUACUUUUUACUGUAACGUUUGAAUGUCUUUGUUACCCAGCUGAGCCUGAACGUUGCAUUUGUCUACUACAUAAUAUUAAAAAAAAAAAAGAACAAAA